AUGGAUUUGGACGAGGAACUUGAGAUUGAUUAUAACAAAGUACUAGAUAAUAUGGACUCCUACAUCGACAGUUAUAAGUUGUUAUCUAUUUUUGAUGAAACACAGCUAAGUUUUAUUUUCGAAAACUAUGAAUUUACCUUGGAUCAAGCCAUAAAGAUUUUUACACAUUCGUAUAAGAUUCCACCGUAUUUCUUUUAUAGAUACACUAGAUUGAUUAAGUUAAGACCAGAAAGAGAUGAAGAAAAAGUAAAAUUAUUACUAAAAUAUAUAGGAAGUUGCAUUAACUCUCCUUGUUUAGUACUAUUAGCGAAAUUACUUGGCGUCGAUGAGACAAAUGGACCUAUUAUUGAUUGUGAUAUUGAUUUAUCUGAACAAGAAAUUAAAUCUGAAAAUAAUUCAGAGGAAGAAGAACAAGAAAUUGUUGUUCCUGCAUUGCAAAGACGAAGAGUUGAGAUUAAAGACUCAGAAUAUAUAGACCAACUUGAAUAUAAUGCUGAUGACUUCGAUGACAUUUAUGAUAUUCUCAAAGAUGCGUUUAAUGAUGACGAUUUUUCUGCAAUACAAUAUGCAGUUGAUAAUAAAUAUAUGGAAACUGUAAAUGAUGAAAAGUAUACUGUAUUACUUCAGGCAGUUUUCGAAUCUGAAACAGAUUUCGUCAGAACACUGCUAGAAUUCGGUUGCAAUCCUAAUGCAAAAGAAAAGAAUAACAACAAUGCACUGCAAAUCGCAAUUUCUUUUUGUACAGAUAAUUUAAAGUUAAUAUCUUUGCUGUUAGAAGCUGGAAUAGAUCCAGACUCUACAAAUAAGGAUGGGCAGAAUUCAUUUGACUUAGCUACUGAUAAGAAAAAUAUAUUAGAUUUGUUAAAUAAAAAAUACAAAACAUAA